CACAAACAUAAAAGAUUAAAGAUUUUACAUAAUAUAUUAUUAUACGAAAAGAUUACAUAUUGAAUUAAGAAUGGCUUUCAAUUCGGUGGUUACUAUGGAAAAACCCUUGCAGCACAUCUCACUUUCCGACUGGAAUGAGCGAGUGGGGCGUCUGCGAAAUGUGGCGACUGCCCGACUCGCUGAUACCUUUGCCAUGCGUAACUCAUCCCGAGUGCUCCGCGAUGAGACGCGCAUCGAGGAUAGCUGGGCUAACUACGAGUCGAAUGUGGCAUUGGCGGAUCGAAUUCUGGAGCUUACUAGCUGGCGCGAAAUCAUAUCGAAGACCUAUGAACGCAUACAGAACGAAGUUCACGCAUUAGAGCAAGAGAAAAUUUUGACGGAACGCGAACUGGAUGCACUCUCGGGACCCAUAAUGGUGAUAAGCGAGAUGCUCAACAUGCGCGAUAGCCGCUUGGGCUCUGAGAUAACAUACGAUGAGCCAGACAACGAGAUAAAGAAGGAACUUUACGUGUUGGAGAACAAUCAGCGAUUGUUGACGGAUCGUUGCCGGAAGGCAUGGGAAAAGCUGACACGUCUUGAGGAUGUACGUGUCAAAAUAGCCAUGGAGAUUGAGAACAAAAUAGAGGCAGUGGAUCUGGAAAGGAAACAGCGCGAACUAGAUCGCAAUUCCACAAGAAUAUCGUCCAAGACGGAUUCCAUGCGUUAUCCCACAGAAUGUUGCACAUACGAGGGCUGGCUGGAACAUACGAAGAACAUCAAGUUUCUGGCCGAGAACGAAAUGGCCGACACGGUCGCGCUGCGAGAAUCCUUAUUUGUGAGCCGUGAGAAGGCCCGUAGCAUUCGACAAGCUCAACAGGAGCGCACCGAGUACGUCAUACGGAAACGCAUUUUUGAAACUCAGCGAGCACGCAACGAGCUGAAAUUUCAAAUGGACAAGAUGAAUGAUGAAUUGAAGAAUGCUGCGAUUGAUAUUCAGGCGUUGGAGGAUUCGUUGUGUGAUAAGACAAAUAGUUUAAAGUUGGCUGAGACGCGCCUAGAAAAUCGGGCACAGCGCCGGAAUAUGGAGCUCUGCCUGGAUCAUGUACACGAUGUGCUCUGCUUCGAGGUAAAGAAGCAACGUGAAAUUCACCGUUGUCUCAAGGAGAAAAUCGAAGAGUCCAGGAAAAACUACAAUUUACUUGAGGAACAUGCCCUAAAGAUCGCUACGGAUCUGGAAAAGAAGGAGCACGCACUGAUGACUGACAAACGAGCGUUACAAAUACGGCAGGCCUUUAAGGAAAGCGAAACUGGACCGAAAGUCUUUAAUCCGAGUACUGGUACCGAUCGCAAUAUUUUACUCACUAACACGCAGGAUUUGAUUCCCAAGUCUUAGAGCUGGGUUAUAAUAUUUGUACAUUCGAUGAAUUUGUAAUCGAUCAGGGCAACAAGCCUAGAAAUGAAUUGAAUACAAGGCUACAUUUAACUUCUAAUUUAGACCUUAAGGUAAUACGAUGUCACAAGGAACUUUCGAAUUGUUCUAUAGAUCAACAGCGAUUAUCCUCAAUCGAAGGAACUGAAAUUGGACAACAGUCCUCAAAGGUUUACUCAAGCGAUCUUUGAUAAUCUACUUCAUGAAAUCAUUUAACUGUUGACUGAGUAUUCUUAAUAAAUGCUACCCAAACUAAAUAAUAU